UCUAGGCGUUAAGUAUGUCUGCUUAAAAGACCAAAUGUUAUUUUCAUCAAAAUGUCGCAUUCGGGCAAUGAGAUAUCUACUGCAGAGGAAUGUUGUCAACGUCAGUACUGCUGAAGUGUGCGACACGCCAAGUGUUACAGAGGACAGCCAAAUCUAAACAAAAAUUCGAAAAUUUAGAAAAUGUUGUCUAAAGAUUUUUAAAGUUUAUACUUCUCCUCGUUUUUAGCAAUAAUCAAUGGAAACGACAAGGACGUCAUUUUUUUCAUUGGUUGGCAGCAUAGAAGAGAUUAACGUCAGGCGAUCACAAGGAAUUUCGCCUAACGCUUAGCCCUGGAUGAUCCCCUACACAUUGCGUAAAUGCAGCGCUGAAGUUUGCUGUUUCAACCAGACGUGGAAGCCCUACCCCCUGUCAGAGCCCCGGGUGAAGACACAAGACACACAGGACACUCUUCAGCGCACAGGACGGUCUCCAGCAGCUCCGCUUCGCUCUCAAAGAAAGACGACUCAAUCCCGCAAACUGAAUCGUUUCCCGUCUGUUGGGUUUAGGGCUGUACCUGUCUUCUAAAAACAUUUUCCCACGGCACAGAGAGCAAGUCUUCCGCAGUUGAUCGAGAGGAUCGUUGUUGAUUCACUCUAACAACAUAGUCUCAAAACUUCUAAUGGUUGUUUUCAUUGUUGAAUAUAUUGGGCCAAAGAUGCUUCAUUGUGACCGAAGGAGAGGCUUUGAUUUUGUUCUUCAUCUGCGAGCGCAGCAAUCAGAAUCCAAAGCCCAGCGCGAUCCCCCAAAUUUUCACGCUGUAUUUUGAUGCGCCUGAGCUCUGUCCACGGGCGGUGGUGCUGAAGAUCAAGACCAAGAAAACAAAGCAGGCGAAGGACAGCACCGCGCUAGGAACUACGGUGAUCACGGUCACCUUUCAACAGGAGCCAAAGCUAAAAAAAAAAAAAAAAAUCAAUACAUUCCGCCAAACGGAAAGACACGAUGCCUAGAUGAGAGUCAAUCACAAAGACGGUGCCCUCCUCAAGAGCAGGAGGUGUCGCAGGAGCCUGUGGAUCUCCUGUCGCUCCAAGACAGCUACAGAAGCUGCCUGCAGACAUGCCACCUAACCUCACGGCUUCUAACGAAACCGACCCGUCGCCGAACUCGCACUACAACUUCCCUGCUCUGAUCUUCGGAAUAUUGCUAAUAGUUAUCAUAAUCUGUGGCAAUCUGCUGGUGUGCCUUAGUGUGUGGACGGAAAAAGCUUUAAAAACUACAACGAACUACUUCAUAGUCAGCUUGGCUGUGGCGGACCUGCUUUUAGCAGUACUGGUGUUGCCGCUGUUUGUGUACGCAGAGUUUCAGGGUGGAGUGUGGUCUUUAAACGCAGUGCUCUGUGACGCACUGAUGACUUUGGAUGUGAUGCUGUGUACCGCUUCCAUUUUUAACCUCUGCGCCAUCAGCGUGGACAGGUUUAUAGCUGUUUCCAUUCCCCUAAACUACAACAGGAGGCAUGUUGACCAGAGACAAAUUAUCCUGCUCUCCGCCACUUGGAUCUUUGCUUUGGCAGUGGCUUCACCGGUGAUUUUUGGGAUAAACAAAGUCCACAACCGAGAUCCCACUCUAUGCAAGCUGGAGGACAACAAUUACAUCAUCUACUCGUCCGUCUGCUCCUUCUUCAUCCCCUGCCCCAUCAUGGUGGUUCUGUACUUUGGGAUGUUCCGGGGCUUGAAAAAGUGGGAGGAGGCGCGCAAGGCCAAACUGAAGAGCAGCAUGCAGGCCUGCCGGAAAUACCACAGCGGGCACAGCCUGCCUCCCCUGCCACCCCUCCCCCCGCCCAUCAUCGAGCGUGACCUGGCGGAUGUCAAGCUGGAGGAGCUGAGCCGUUACUCUCACCCUGACUGCCCCUUCCCCAAGGAGUACAAGAGAGACUCCAUUCAGACAGUGGCUUUCCCAGAUGGGAAGUACUGCCAGGCUGCUCCCAAGAAGAAAAGAGCCAAGAUUAAUGGCCGGGAGAGAAAAGCCAUGAAGGUGUUGCCUAUUGUCGUAGGUGCAUUUCUUUUUUGCUGGACACCAUUUUUUGUGGUGCACAUCACCAGAGCACUGUGCGACGCUUGUGACAUCUCCCCUCAGUUAAUGAGCAUCGUCACUUGGCUAGGCUAUGUCAACAGCGCUUUAAAUCCCAUUAUCUACACUGUCUUCAACACAGAGUUUAGGAACUUUUUCCACAAAUUCUUGCACAGCUGCUGUUAACAAAACAUUCUCAACAUGAUUGUACAGAAAAGCACAACAUUUUUGUAUAGUGUAAUAAAAUAUA